AUGCUUCGUGCCGCGGCCCAAGUGGGAGGUGGGGACCCGGACGAGGUAGUCAGUCAGUGGGGGGCGGCUCAUCCCAUCGGGCGCGUCGGCACCGGGCAGGAUAUCGCGAAUGCCGUGCUCUUCCUCUCCAGCGAGAAGGCCAGUUUCAUGACAGGUGAGCACGUCAACGUCGACGGCGGAUACAUGGCGCUCGGCGCGUGGGCAACGGCCGCUACGGACUGA